CUCACAGAUCGCCGCAAGCGUUCCCAGUUGAUGAAGAAAGUGGACUCACGGCGACAAAUCGAGUUGAUACAAGAUUUUGAUAUGCCCGGCGUGUGUACGUCCAUGCGAAUGAGCCCCGAUCAGCAGUACAUACUAGCGACAGGCACGUACAAACCACGGGUUAAAUGUUUUGAAGUGUGCAAUUUAUCCAUAAAGUUCGAACGUUGUUUCGAUUCAGAGGUCACAACGUUUGAAGCUAUCAGUGAUGAUUAUAGCAAACUGGUCUUUCUGCAAUGCGACCGCUUUGUGGAAAUACAUUCUGCUUCUGGGCGUCAUUACCGUUUGCGUAUUCCACGCUUUGGACGUGAUAUGAAAUACCAUAAACCAUCUUGUGAUCUUUUCAUUGUGGGCACAACACGUGAUAUUUAUCGCUUGAAUCUGGAACGCGGGCAAUUUUUGCAACCAUACGAAACGGAGGCUAGUUGUGUAAAUGCCUGCGAUAUUAAUCCCGAGCAUCAAUUGCUUAUGGUUGGUAGCAAAGAGGGUAUGGUGGAGGCUUGGGAUCCACGCAGCAAAACGCGUGUUGGUACGUUGGAUGUGGCUAUCAAAUUACCAGGGACAAAAACGUUUCCUUCUGUCUCCGCAUUGAAGUAUAAAAAUGGGUUGCAAAUGGGUGUAGGCACCGCUUCCGGGCAUGUACUUCUCUAUGACAUACGCUCACAUGACCCACUGCUUGUAAAGGAUCAUUUAAAUAAAGUGGCGGUAAAGCGCAUUGCUUUCAACCCUGGUCAUCAGACGGUUUAUUCAUUGGAUGAUGCUAUGUUAAAAUUGUGGGAUGAAAACACUGGCAAACAAGUCGCCUACAUAGAAUCCACAACAUCCUUCAACGAUUUCUGCACUAUUCCCGAUACAGGAAUGUUUUUCCUUGCACAAGAAGAUGUAAAAAUGUUGACCUACUACGUGCCUUCAAUGGGUCCGGCGCCGCGUUGGUGCUCAUUCUUAGAUAAUCUUACGGAAGAAAUUGAAUCUGAGGUGGUGGAGAAUAUGUUCGACGAUUAUCAGUUUGUGACGCAGAAUGAAUUGGAGGAAUUGGGACUGGAGCAUUUGAUUGGCAGUAAUCUACUGAAAGGCUACAUGCACGGCUAUUUCAUCGACGCACGUUUAUACAACAGGGCCAAAGCUGUGGCUGAUCCAUUUGCCUUUGAACGCUUCCGUAAAGAGAAAAUACGUAAAGAGAUUGAAAGUGAGCGUAAAUCACGUCUACAGAUUAAGUCAAACCUUCCAAAAGUCAAUCAAGAGCUGGCACUUAAAAUUAUGGACGAGCAGUCUAAUUCCAAAAAGUCUGCUAAAGCAGCAAAUCUACUCGAGGAUACACGUUUCAAGGCAAUGUUUGAAAAUCCGGAAUUUGCUAUUAACAAGAAUGCUGAAGAGUACAAGCUGUUGGCGCCUGCGCUUAAUCGCCUCGGAAAAUCCAAGCUUAAAGAAAUAAAAAAACGCGUUGAAGUAGCACGCGUAGCGGAGCUGCAUGCAGACGAAGCGAAACCACACGAGGAAAGUGAUAAUGAUGAGGAUCUUUUUGGUUUCGAAAAAAGUGAUGAAGAUGAUGGAAAGAAAUCGGUUGCCGAAGAAUCUUCAGAUGAUGAGGGAGUGCGUGAGUUCUCAAAAGAAAUGAAGAAGGCAUACAAGGAUGUGAGAAGACAACGUGAAGAGGAGGAACUUGCGGAAAAUGAACACGCGGGUGAUGAGGAUGCCAACAGCGAUGAUGAGCAAACAACUCCAAUGGACAACACGACUAGCUCAUCAACAAAUAAUCAGCGAAGAGUCAGCGUUAAAAUGACAUCUCUGGAAGAUAACAACCUGAAAUUAAGUGAAAUGCGCAGUAAAAUAAUGAAAAUUAGCCUUAAGGAUCGCGUACGAUUCAAUGAAGCCUCUAGCGCGAAUGUGACUACGAUUGGACGUUCACUGGGUAACCGACAAAUGACAUUUGACAUGAAGAAGAAGGCAACUAAAGAUGAAAAGAAGAGAGAGUAUUUAAUGAAGAAACAUCGAGAAGAGCGGAAAAAGAUCAUACGGCCUAUACAUGCGCUAAAACUGAAGAAGGUUAACUUUAAGUAAAAAUAAUUUUAUUUUGUUUACAUUUAAAUAAUGUACAUAAAUUAAUCUUGUAAAUUUUCUUUGA